UUUCAUCCCAACCAUUUUUUGUUCGGAAUCCUUGUCAAAAAUGAGUUUCCAGCAUUUCAGGCUCGGACAACUGGCUCUGUCCCAGCCUUUGCCUCCACAUUUGCAACAGAAUCAGCAGCAAACUUAUUCACAAAAUCCCCCAUCGUCCACAUCGACGCCCGCAGCGCCCUCUAGCCUUGCUAUACCAGCGCCUCCAAAGUCGACAACUGCAAGGUCGCCUUACGGUUGUGGCGACAGUGACGAUGGAUAUACUCUUAUAUUUCCAAAUCUCGCUGCAUUUCAAGAAUGGAGGGUUCAUGAGGAAGAAACACAGAUGGUUGAAUUUGUGAAGGGCGACACUCACGGCAGCAAGGCAGUUCCUCCUCGUUUCAAGGAUCAUACUAAAUUAGUUUGUGCCCGGCAUUCAAGGAGUGGUCGUAAGAAGUAUGUAAAGAAACACCCAGAGCGCGUUCGCAAGGUACCAAGUAGAAAGCUCGAUGGGCAGGGGUGUCUGGCGUCCAUCAGCUACAAGACUUAUUAUGACACUGAUGAGGUUCGAGUUUGUUAUAUUGCUGAGCAUUCGCAUCCUAUUGGGUUGGCAAACCUUCCUUUUACCCGUCGCGGUAGGCGGCAAACAGUACUAGCCGAGAAGGAGGAGUCGAAGCGCGUCAUACAAGCAACUUCUGCAGCCCCCACUCCCACGCAGCAGGAGAGCUCAUCUACUUCAUCUCAAACACAGGUCCAAAGCUACCCUCCAAACCCUCCACUCGCCCAUCUACCCCAUCCGUUCUCUGCUUUCCCUGGACCCCCGGCGAUCGGUUAUCCUCACAUCGGUCCUCCUCAGGGUUCACCAUCUCAGCAAGAAUUAUGGGAUCGCAUGAGCAUUCUGUUUAACUCCAUUCGUGAACAUGCUCGAGCGUUUGAUUAUCCUGGGCCUACUGUCGUUGCUCUUGAAAGUGUUCUCAUCCGACUAUAUUUGGAAAGCCCGAUGGGCGUUGUAGGGGGCCCAGGCUUUGGAGUUCUUGGCCCGAAUAUGCACGGAGGCGCGAUGGCCCCUCAUCAGCCUCAACAGUCCCAUCAAGAUGUUCGCCAACACCAACAACAAAUGAAUGGCGCAUCUCCUCAAAACGGUGAACAAGUGGUGAACAAUGAAAUGGAUAGCGGCAUAGAAAGUGGUUGACCACCCAGAUCGUUGUUUUUUCAUCGCUGUCAUUUUUGGGCUUCAUCCUUGCAAGCUGUACUGUAAGAUAGGUUGAUGUCAGUGGAUUUUGCAUGCGUUUGUUCCUCGGACUUCGGCAGGAGUACCGCACAUGUACCAAACA